AAUGGAUCCCGAAAGGAGCUCAAAUCAAGAGUUGAGAGAUUAUAAAUAAAAGCGAGUUGCUGGCUGGUUUGCCUCGAGCGGAGACUGCUUGUGGACCACAGCGAGUUCGGCGGUGCUAAACGGCAUCUCAUGUAACUUGUGCUGCUCUUGUUGCUGCUGUCGCUGUAGCCUAUAUUGCUAGGCUGGGCUGUGUGCAGUAAGUGUAGUCAGUGCAUCUCCAUUACGGGCUUGCGGAGCCGUCAAUCCGUAGACAUCCAUGGAUGGCUUCGUUCAGCCUAUGAACCAGAGAUGCCCAGAGUCCAACUUCCCGAUCCCCGAAGAUUCAGAGCAAAAAACAAAACCUCAUUCAGUUCGAGGCCGACGGAGAGAGGCCGACGGUUUUUGCGGCGAAAUUCCGGAGUUGCUAUUGCUCACUGCUUGCUAGAGUCUCCCACUCCUGAUUCCGACUUCUUCCGAUAUCCAACUGAAGUUUUGCUACAGAUAGUUUACGAGCUACUUACUUUACCUACCAAGGUAUGGAACGAAUUCUUUGCAUGAAGCAAGGGUCUAGCGCUGUACGGUGCAGGGCAGCAAUGCAAGCGGUUGCAGGAGUUUGUCGAGAUACCAUCCAUCCAAUGCUGAAGCAGCACAAGGCACAGCACGCAGCAAUCGAAGAUUCGGUUACCAAACAAAAUGAAUAAACCACCGAUUCUCCCUGCAGUCUCAUUGUUGAUCGUAUCAGAAAGUCUCCGACGGGAAAUCAUAAGCUUGGCUCAAGGCGGUGAGUUCAGUUCAAUUUCAGAUCGACAGAGUUGCAGUCGCUCUUUGGGGGUUUCAUUUCCCAGAUCAGAGACAUGAGUCUAGAACGAGCAAGGUGUUGCCCUCUGCUGUAAACCGCUCAUGUCAAGCCGACCCAGCCGCUGAAAAAUAUUCAGCCGUAUUUGAGGUAGUGUUUAGUCGACCGGAGAUGCUCACAGCCAGCCAAACUCAGGUCUCAUAAAUCACAUAUCACUUUUUGAUCAAGCACCCUGUCAAAUCCUUUAACUCAUUGACAUUUUGUGAAGCUUGUACGGAGUAAUGUUGCAUUGUUUCGACAACGGGCUCCCACCAAUGGCGGCUAUUAGGCGCUGAAGCGCGUUUAUGGCGGGAACUGCCCCGCCAUUUCGUAUGAGGAAACUAAAGGUUGUCCUGGAAAUGUCAUGUCAAUACAACAUCAAUAGCUACACCUAACAGCUUGACGCGACCGCGUCUUGACCUGGCUGUCAUGUUCACCACACUACCAGACUUCACACCGCGAGACUCGCAUUCUUUGUGGUACAGAUCUUCUCGCAGUCCUUACACCCCAUCUGGACCUCUCGACGACUUUAGCGGUGAUACACAUAACAUUCAACAUGGCGCAAACCAGGCUCGACAACGAACAAAGCUCAUUGAGCGAUCAGCUCUCGCUCGGCUGGCCGCAGACGAACAGUACAUGCAGAGAAGACGACUGAACGUUCAGAAUUAUGGCAGCGGCUGGCUGAAACCCCCAGGUCUGCCUAAGACAUUGCACCAGAUGCGUGAGGAGAAGCGGGAACAAGAAGAACACCAAGAAGCAAUGCGCCGAGAGCAAUUAGCUCAAGAACUAGCUGAAGCUGAAGCGGAUAAUAUGCCUGGCGAGGGUACUAUGGACGAUGUUCAGCUUGACGGAGCUCAGGAUCUAGACGAUGAAAUUCCUGAUGCGGAUGAAGAAGGGUAUGCCUUCGGCGACGACGACGACGACGAGGAGGAGGAGGAGAAUGAGAACGAUGACGAAGAGGAUGAUGAGGACGAGGAUGAGGAUGAAGAAGAUGGUGAAGAGACAGAUGAUGAGGCUCUGAGAGCAGAGCGCCAGAACGACCUCAUGCAAGCACGUAUGAGGAUGGGCGACGACGCUUUUCGCGAAGCCCUUGUCCGCGGUGAGCCGGAUGCUAACGACAUGUAUGGCGACACCGAAGAACUCGAAGAAGAAGAGGAUAAUGGCUGUCUUCUCGACGAGGAAGACUUUGCGCAAGACGAUGACCUUGGCAUGGACAUGGACGCCGAUCUUGACGAAGAUAUCCCCGAGGCUGAGGGCGGCGGCUACGAGCAUACCGACUCUGAAGCUGAAAUCUCCAGUAGCGAACAAGAGUCCUCCAACGACGAUGAGGAUGAUGAUGAAGACGAUGUUGACGUUAGUUUCGCACCUCGCUCUGCAACACUCCCUCGUCCUAUGUCGCCCACCUUCCAGGGCCGUUCUAGCAUGGCACAUCCACGCGCCAGCAUGGAUCUAAGUAACCUUCUCUCUCAAGACGGCAGUAGUUUUAUGCAGAGCAGUCCCGCUGGACGACGAGCCCGUCACGGCUAGCACUUUACGACUAAUGCGACACGACCAACAGAUAGACUAGUUCAGACAGCAGUGUUAUAUACCCAUUCAUUGUUCAUUAUCAAAGCAGAAUUGAAAUUGAGCGCUUCCCGUCUUUCGAUAUGUAGGUGAAAGACGGGUUGCUUGCCACAGGCUUGCCCAG